AUGUCUUACGCACCCACGCAAAAGCCCAUGAUGGUCAAAUCCAUGUCGGCAGCUGACUCGCAAACCUUACGCGCUCCGGUAGUGCACCGGCAUCGCAAGACAGUCUCCACAGGUGGAGGCAGAGCUUGGUCUGAUGCAGAGGAGGCUUAUUUAAUUGAGACGCGAGAGCACAAGAUGCCAUACAAGCACAUUGCCAGCCAGCUCAAGAAGACGGAGCUAGCCUGUCGACUCCACUACCACCAGCUUUCGUUGGGCAGCAAGAGCCGCCGUCACUCCCAAGUCCCAAUGAAUUCAUACGAACGAUCAUCAGCUCCACCACCAGCGCAAUCCAGGGGCGAGACUCCUCAGAGACAGCUGCCCUCCUUCUCACCGCCGGCGAGUCCUCCUGAGAGUAUGGAGUACAGUCCCAGCGAGUCUUCUUCUCAGACUCCUCAAAACCACAAGCCGAUACUGCCAAAGCCAGUCCCUAGCAUUCACCAUCGCAUUAACGAUACCCAGUCGCUUCGCUUAGUCACUCAGGAUAUGGACUGCUUGCAGGAACGGCAAUACGUCGAUGUGGCAAAGCUUGAUCGCGUUUAUGACGCUCACCGUUUACAUUUCUGGUCCACCAUUGCCCGCAAUUAUGGCUGCAACCUGUCGCCGGCGACGUUGGAAGAGGCAUGGUGUCGAUCCCAUGGCUUGUCGAGUUCAAAGUUUCCCCCCACUCCCCGCGGUAGCCCGCAUGACUCGCAGGCCCCAUCGAACAUCCUCAGCGGCGCUCCAUUCAGCGCCGUAACAGAUUCAGGCAAAGGCUUCACUCCCAUCAACAGUGAAAACCCGAGCUCCAAGCCAACAGUGCCGAGGCAAAAUUCAUUCGCCAUUUCAUCUUUACUCACGGAGGACAGGGAAGUCAGGAGCCCGGGACGGGAGAAGAAGCUGGACGAGGUGGAGAUCAAAAGAGAGUAG